CUGAAGUCUGAGCCAGACAGGAAAAACUACAAGUAAGUGCAUCUCAUUCUGAUGAAUGAAUGAGAUGACCAUAUACUUGUAUAUGCUGAGAUACAAUGACCUGUAAAUAGAUCUAAAUACAUACUACACACACAAUCAAUAUACAAUAGCUCUUUAAGUCCUGAGGGGGGAUAGGAAUUUUAAUUACUCUAUAAGGGCUUCAGGUUGAUCAAUCCAUGAGUAAAUCUGAUAAUUCCUGAUCACUUCUCAAUUUUUAUUUAAAUCUGCCUCCAUUCUCAGCAGAGUGUGAAUAUUGAGACAGGAAUUAACACUCAUAGAACUCUGUACUCAGAUAUGCACCGAAAGUAUACGUAAGAGAGAGCUGCCAGCUUUUUACAGAAUUCAAUAUGUAGAACCUUUCAACAAAUUGUCGGCCGUAUUGAUAAAUAUUUCAGAUAAGUAGAUUUAAAUGAUUAUGCAAACAAGUUAUUUGUCCCAUUGUCAUGAACCAGUUCUGUUUGUUGGCCAUAAAAACCUAACCAAGCAUGAUUAUCCUGCUCCCAUAAAGAGAGGCUGUUCUUGCUAGACACCUUACACAUGUCCAGCGGUCUCACCAGGUCCCCCUGCGUCUGACUGCAUCGCCUGUUAGUGGGCCCUCAGUGUCUGCCUGCUCUAGGCCAGUGUAUUCUGUGACUGUUCAGUCAAGCACCUGCUUCGGGACUUCUUUCCCACCGUGAACAGAUCAAUAUUACCAACUUAUCAAGCAUGGCUAAGUCUUCAUUGAAUUUUUAAAGGAGAAAAAAUUCACACGGAUUUAUAAAUGUUUAAGAAUUUCAGUAUGAAGCCUCAGACUCAUGAACCCUCAACCCACAAAGGCUCCAGUCCAGGGCCUUCUGUACAAGAUGAACAGUGAGGUCCCGACUUCGUCAAUGGCUGACCCUCUAGGUCAGACUGAGGUCAAGGUCAUUGUGCAUGGCCAGGACAAUGUUACAGUGAAAGAGAAGAGCUCAUCCCCCAGGGAAGAGGAGGGGGCUACUACACACCAAGGUUAUGUAAAUGAGGGGCUAGAGACAGAGGAAGAAGACAUUCUCUCCCCUCACAAAAUAGAGCUGGAUGGCUUUAAUGUGGAAGGUGAAGAAAUGAAGCCAAUAGAUGUCAUAUUUGACCCUAGUCCUCUGAACUCUGAGAGUUCAGAAACAAGACAGCAUUACAAACAGAACAACACAGGCUUCUCUAACAUCAGCCCCAGGGCAGCCAAAUACCGUGAGGGAACAAAAGCCAAACUCAGCAAAAUGAUCACGGUCCCUGGAGGCUCCACAUGGGGGCCCCAGAGUGCCAAGUCUCCAACCUCAAUGACAGCCUCUCAGGUGGGGUCAGUCCGGGGAUUACCGGGGGAUCUCAGGACAAAGAACCUAAGUGGUACUGUGAGGAGCCACCAUUCUGCAGGGGCCACCACCGUUCACAGUUUGCCCAGUGUCCAUAGCAGCGUCCCCAUGCACAUACGGAGGCCGGUCAGGGGAACCCUCAGAGGAUAUCCUGCCGGGACCGUGACAAAGGGAUCAAUGGCAUUCCGGAGAAACUACCAGGCUAAGGAGAACCUGGUGUCUCGGUUUGACAUCGAGCUUGACCAGCAUGAGAAACAUCGCUUCUGCCCAGGGGAAGAACUAUCUGGGAGGAUUGUGUUUGACAUAAAGGGAAAGUUAGAAAUCAGGUUCAUCGAGUUUCUCAUAACUGGGUACACAGCUGUUACUCUGUCCAGGGGUCCAAAUUCAGGAAGAAAAAAGACAUUCCGUGACGUUUUUCUCAACAAACGUAACUACAUUGUGGGUACGUCCGACGGUAAAUGGUCCACUGUGGUGAAUCCUGGACACUACGUGUCAAAGUUCAAAUUCCUCCUGCCCAGUAACCUUCCUUCAUCACUGAAAUACAAAAACCAACAAAACGGUUUUGGUGCCGAGAUUGAAUACACAGUGAAGGCGAGAUUCUGUGAUGAGAUAGGAUCGUCCUCUGCCCGAAGUACGCACUCCCUUAACAACUUUGUCAAAAUCAUCCUCUCCCGUCGAAGUUCUUUCACUGUACGGCGAAGAUUUGACAUUCAUUCCAUUCCAAACGCUCUUCUGCCCGUGACUCACCAGGAGGACGUAACUCUGUCAUCCUGUUCAUUUUUCUCCAGUGACAUAGCCAGUGUCAACUUGAUUCUGGAUCGAUCCUGCUUCCUGGCUGGAGACGACGUACAAGUCAGACUUGAAAUUGAAAACAAGUACGCAAAACAAAUAAAAAUGAUUGAAGGCUGUUUACAACAGCACAUAACAAUGGUUAAACCUAAAUCCCAUUUCACAUUCAAUCUAUCCACGUUCGGUGAGAAGAACCCUAAAGGAACUGUGGUCAGCAAACCCCAUCAAUCCAUGGCUUGUUUUGACAUCUCACUGCCCACGGGAAUCAACAUUUUACCCAGCAUCAACCCCGGGUGUCGGCUCAUUCAUGUAACAUACAGCCUCCGUAUUGUUGUCCAUUUCUCUUCCUGUGGAGGCCAGCUACUGUUAGAACUACCAGUUCACAUCGGCCCAUGUGCCGAUCCAAUAAACUUAGAGAAGAGAAACUCUGUCCCGGUUUUUAAUCGCCCCAAACGGUUUCCCCAUUUCUCCCCCCAUCCUAACGGACAUAUACAGAACGGACAUGCUGGGAAAGAGACCAUGGCUCCAGUCAGGGUCUUCACCAAGUUCUCCCAUGCUGCCUCCUCUGCACUCUGUUGUUCUUCAGACACUGCCUUGUGAUCAAACACUGACCACCCCCCCCCACUCACCCACCCCCACAACCUUAUUUUUGUCUCACCCUGUUGUCAGUGGGUGAUUUGGCAAAGGAGGGACUUUAAAACAAGAAAUCCACUGUAGAGAUUCAUAUACAUUUGUGAACUUUGCUGAUCCCCAUUUAAAUUUAUUUAUUAUGUACAGUAUCAUUUUUGUCAAUUUUUUAACAUUUCAUCAAUAGUUUUUCUGUCCAAAGUUCGAAGAUGAUUUUCAAUCAUGACACCUUUUCAUUAAGCUUCCCUGACCAGAAACAAGAUUUUUCUAAAAUCAAAACAGAAUUCUUCACCGACGAUUACACGUGAUUUAUUUUAUAUUGACAUCUAUUGCUGUGAUGUGUAGUGUCUGCAAUAUUGUGUUUAUGUUUCAAAAUAUAUAAGUUUAAAGAGAACACAGUUUGAUGACACCUUAAAAGUUUUUUGUAAUUUAUCUUCUGAACUGUGAACAUGUAUCAAUAUUAUAAGUUAAGUUCAGCUUUUUUUGCCCAUGCUGUAGGCCAUCUACCUGUUCAAUAUUGAACCAUUUCUAUAUAUCUAAAUCACAUUCACUUCAAGUAUUAAUUAUCGUCCUUUCAUUAUUUUUCAUGUUGAUAUACAGUGUAAGAUGGCCCUUUCCCUUGAUAUUGAUUCCCUAACACUGCUCAUUCUGUCCUGUUUAUGUCCAUUAAAUUCAAAGGAGGAGAACAUUCUAGGGAAGAAAGCUUUCAUUAUUGAUGAUAGGCCAUGCAUUAUAGAUCUAACAGGAAGAGGCGGACCUACUAGCGAGUGCUACAGUCUAAUAGCAUCCAGUUUGUUCCACAUAUGUGUAAAAUAAACACUUUGUGUAGGUUCACGGUUCACCAUUCAAACUAUAGUACUUUCUAUUGAACAAAAAUAAAUUAAGAUUUAAGCUAUAGUACUUCUUAAACAACAAUAAAUAUUUCUUUCAGUAUAUUGGUCUCUAAAACAAGAGAUUUAUUAAACUGGGUAGAUCUGUCGAUAGCUACAUAAGCUUUGAUGUUAAGCAUUCCUAAAAUCAGGUCUGUACCUUAGAAAAACCUUAAUGUCAAAUUCUACAUGCUUCUGGAAUCAGAUCAAUUUAAUAUCAUAAUUAACAUUGAUUAACGAUUCUGGAGCUUUGGUUGUUUCAAACUUCCAAGAACCACAUCCCAUUUAGACUUGCUUUAUCUAUCUACCUUAUUUAUUUUUGUAUUUCAUUAUCUAGAGUGAAAGUAGUUAAUGUACCGGGUAAAAUGAAAUAUAAAGCAAUCUUAUGUUUUAUUUACUUGUAAAUGGAAAGAAUAUGUAAAUGUAUAUGCAUAAAAUUAAAUGCAUUGAAAUUAUGUGCAGGUAUAUUUUUGCAAUAAAAUCUAUGAUAUAUACAAGCUUUA